GGAAAGCCGGCGUCCUGAGGAAAGACACGAGCAUAUCCUCGCCCCAAGUCAACACUGUAUCUUGUCCCCUCCAUUUCCCAUUCACCUUUGUCAGCAUGACAUCCAAUAUUCAGAAAACAAGUGGGAAUUUAGGAUAUAGUGGAGAAAAAGUUACCAGUCUCCAGAAUUUACAAUCCAGUGUGGAAUGGCAUAUUCCCGAGCACAGAGCUACCUGCCUAUGGGAUGCAUUCUCGGAUCUGUUAUGCGAUCGAGCCAUGAUCCUCGCCAUGAACUCCAGCUUUAUAGAUCCCUCGCUGCAAUUUGCAUCCCAACUGAAGAUAAUAAAGUCAUCCUUUAAAAAGGUAUUUUCUAUACCAAGCCUUGAGAAAAUAAGGAAACUGGGGAACAGUGAAGCCGAGAAAGAGGACCUAGAGAAUUUAUAUCAAAAUAUUUUAAACACAUAUGAAAACACUCUUCUGAUCUUAGUGUCUGAAGACCUCUAUAAACUGCAAAUCUUAAAGGACUUGGUCGUGUGGAUGAAUGAAGACAGCUCAUACCUGCAGGAGAGAGUCAUGGUGAUCAUCAGCAGGGUGCUGAGCUUUGCUUCCAGGAAAGUCCGGGGACAUGCAAGUGUUGAAGUGCCAUGUUUGGGGGUCCUGGCAGCAGAACUGUCGCUUCUGUGUUGCCAUAGUGAUCUCUCAGUCGCACAACAAGCCUCCGUGGGCAUGCAUCACCUCCUCUGCAUUGCAAAGCAUCAGAACAGGGAUACUGAAAAACAUAAACCUAUGAAGUAUGAGAAGCAUAGAAAUUACUCCCUCUUGUCUCCAUCAUCCUUGCUACAAAACAGAGCUAAAAUUGCCCAGAGCGUAGGACAAACUUUAAUGCCAUCUUUGCUGACUGACUUCACGUGGAGUCUCCUCAUGACCUUCUCUUCACCUGAUUAUGUAACUGCAUUCAAUGCGUCAACCAUACUGAAAUUGACUCUGGAGUAUUAUGCCCACAAGGUCACCACGGUGUGUAAGAUUGUGGAUGCUAUUUACAAGCAACUGCAUAAAAACCCUUCUCAUGUUAUGAGGCGUGCUAUGCUCCAGGUCAUCACCCUGCUGACACGGGAUUCACCAAAGGCUAUCUUCCAGCUUAUGGGCUACCCAGUUCCAGCAGACAACACUUUGGUACUGAUAUGGCACGCGGCGUAUUCUGAGUCAAGUGUGGCCCUUCAUGUUCUGAAGAAGAUCUUAUUGAUACUGAAAGGAAAGCCUGGGAAAAUGCAUGAAAGCCUACUAGACAAGAGACGGUUCUCUCUACAUAGGACUGAUAUGAUGCCUGUAGCAGCAUCCCAGGCCCUGUGCACGUUGCUGCCUCUUGGUUCAUACAAGAAAGCAGUGGCCCAGUUUUUCCCCCAGCUCUUGAUGGCCCUCAUGGUCCAACUCUUUUACAUCAGUGACCUGAGAAAAAUGGCAGAGGAUAUGCCAUGCUAUGCCCAGAAUGCCCUGCAAGUUCUGCUGAAUUGUUCUGGACUGCAGCAAGUGAAUAUUGUUCUAACGAAGAAGAAUUGCUGGAACGAGUUUUCGAAUGAGUUGCUUCAGCAUCAUGGGAUCUACCUGAUUGCCAAAACUCUCAGUGACUUCAACUUUCCACAGUUUCCAGAGACCUUGCAUUAUCUCUACAAGCUCUCAGUGGAAGGUCCGAGACAGUCAGAAGAAAGUGUCAUCACAGUAAUUUUCCUCACUGAGCUUCUGAACCACUUCUUCAAGGACCCAUUCCCAGAAGAAUUUUUGGUUCUCUUCAGAAACUGGGUCAAUGAUUCCAAUCCUACCGUUAGCGAACUGAGCCUCAAAAAAAUUGCCAACAUGGCUCCAGUUAUCAAUGAGAUAGAAAACGUCUGCAGCUUAUUAAUAUGCAUCUUGGAUGCCUUCCUCUCAAAAGAUGAGACUGUUGUAAUGUGGGCCUUACUCACCCUUAGAAAACUUUUAGACAAACUGGACAAGCUGACCUACUCUUCUUUGUGCACUAGGAUUGCUUCCAGCUACUCCCCUCUGAUGUACCACAGCAAUGAAGACAUUCGGAGUACGGCCAUUCAGCACUUUGGAGAAUUACUCAGGGACAUGAGUCUGUACACGUGGAUGUUAGAGGGUGUGGUUCUUAGAAGCCUGGUGGCCCUGAUCCUGUUCUUGGAAGACACAGAGAUAAGUGUAGUUAAAGCAUGUAAACAUACAUUAGCAGUCUGUGCCCCAGGAGUAAAUUGGUCAAUCUCUUAUCUGCUCAAAGACAAAUACUACAAUUUUGAGCUGGUGGUGCUCAACCUCUGUAACAAUCUUCUUGUUUCUCAUGAGAAGUACAUUAAACAUUUGAUAUCUGAUACCUUGGGGUUCCUGAGAAGCUCUCAAGUACAUCUGAGGAAAGCAUCAAUUAUUUUAAUUGGGUACUUGGCAAAAUUGGGUGAACAUUUACUGUUCAAAGAAGAAACUGAAGUCCUGCUUGAGGCUAUUGACAGAGUGGUUCGGGAUGAAGACCCCAUGAUCAGGGAGUUGGCAAAAAUAACCCGCAACGUUUUUCAGGAAAGAACCCAUAGACCGACCUUCUCAAAUGUUAAACAAACCUUCCAAAGAUUAUUUUGCUGUAUCUAUGUAAAAAAAAUGAAGCCUCUUUAUUAUUAUAACUGGCCUGACAACCUGGCCAGGAGUCCUGCAAAGAUGAAAGAAACCAAGGGCGACAAGGAAGGCCUUACUGAUGAGACUUAUGAAUAUGCUCUGUAAAGAAUGAGCGGUUCGCCUCUGACUUGAAGAACUUCCCAGAAAAGGAAUGAUUUUCCUUUCCCUCCUGAUGACUUGAAUCUAUAUGUACGUGCUUUUCUGCAGGAUGCUAGAAGCCUUUUCUGUCGCUUCUUAAUUCUCUAUUCAAAUAGAGAAAUCCAUUGCUUUUUUAUGUUUGAUGGUGAGCAGAGGGUUUACCUCAUCAAACCCACUAAUAAAAUUGAAAACUCAUAUAAGCAAA